ACAGGAAUGCGGUCACAGUCUGGCUCCGGGUUGGGUGUUUGCUCCGCUGCGCUGCACCCCUGCUUCUCCCCAGGAUAAAACCCAGGCAGACGCAUAUAUACAUAUAUACAUAUAGGAAUGGACCCCGGUAAGUGCCUGAGGCAAGUUUGUGGGUGACCCCCCCCCCGGCCAAAAAGAAAAAAGAAAUCUGAUGGUAAUCCGGUUGUUGCUGGAGUAUUUUUGCAGGCGACUCUUGAGGCAGCAGGGCCGGCCAAGGGUUGCAGGUUUCACAUCAAGGGCAAACACAGAACCCCGCAUCUUAAAACCUCUACCGGGAGACUUAAAAUGCACGUCAUUUGACAACUUUCCUUGCCCAGCCUUUGCUGGCCUUUUGAUGCCCCAGGAACGCCUUCUGUGACCACGCUGUUGAGAUGUUUUUACUUUAAUUUUGAGUUUAUCUUUGCCUAAUCUCAAAACCCAUGCUUGCAAUUAAUUUGGACUAAGGAUCCUUCCAUGGCUGUGCCAUUGGUGAUGUGUACCUGGGUUGGAAUCCUUGCUUCACCUAUAGAUGUGUUAGGAUAACAAAUACCCAACCUUGUUAUUCAUCACAUUAGAAAAAGUAUGCUGAUCCCAGUAGUGAUUUUCAGGGGACAAGGCAGUUUGGAGGAUGUUUCUCUGACAGCACAGCCUUAGAUGUGUCUGCUCAGAAGUAAGUCCAACUUGGUUCAUUGGGGCUUGUUCCCAGGUGGGUAUAGGAUUGUUGCCUAAAAUCAGAAAAUAGGUAAGGAUGCUAUUGGACUAAUCAAAAGCGGGCAAGCUUUCUGAGUAACACAAAGCUCCUCAUCAGGCAGAACAAAAAGUGGCACAGUGAGCAUCUGAACUAAAUGUGUCGGCAGGUAAGAAGUUUCCAAAAUGGGGGUUGUAAGUAAACUGUGUUUAAGAUUCCCUUUUUCAUCCAAAAGGGCACAUUGGGGAGAGUCUGUUUGGGGUCCUUAAGUGGCGAGAUAUCACACGCAUUCAGUUGCACCAGCCUUUCGUUUAAGUACUUAAGUGGACUGUCAGGAAAAUGACCUUGUAGUCAAGAAGGGCUGCACUUGCAGCUGGUUAUCUGAGGAUGCUUGCUGGAGACAGGCCUUUUGAGUGCCUCAAGAGCAGACGACACUUCAUUGGGAAUUCACACUAGAGCAUCAGCACGGGGCACUUGUCAGGCUUCUCAUUAGGAACUAGAGAGUCCACUUUCAAAGCACUUGAAAAAAAUAUUAUCUGGGUCUCUUAAAAAUGAACAGCAAAUCACAAUAUGCAUCACACUAGUGAUGCUGACUGUACAUCUGGAAAGUGUAGUUAGGUCAAAGUAUAACCCUCUGCUUCAGCUCAGUAUCCUCCUGCCCCAUCCCUCCCCCCCCCCUUUCUCAACUGGCCCUCUUCUUGUUUCCCUACCGUUGACUCCCUUAACUCAGUUCAGGGGUUGCAGUGAGACAGUGACUUCAAAUCACCGCAAAAAGCGUGCAGAAAGCUCUGUGAGGUGCUUUGAAAGCUUGAGCUCCCUGCCCAUCAGCUGGUAGGUGGGAAGUUCAUGUCUGGCUUCUGCAGGGAUGGGAUGUGCGCAUGAGUUCCCUGCGAGGAGCUCAUGCGCACAGCCGGAUCGAGCAGGCUUGCAUUGGCUGCCCAUCAGCUGGUAGGCGGGCAGUUCAAGCCUGGGCUUUCCAGGGAUUGGCAGACUUUUUAAUGGGAAGGCCUGGCGGGCCAAAUUUGGCCUGCAAACCGGAGGUUUCCCACCCCACUUGUGGUGGAUGAUGAUUUGCUGUGGUGGGGGGAAGGCAAGAUGGGAGAUUUACUGUAAUAGUGUAUCUAGAAACCGAGGUGCAAGGAGUAAAAAAAAAGUUUCUGUGCAAGAGUUUUUUGUACAGGUCAAAUCUGAUUACAGUGGUACCUCGGGUUACAUAUGCUUCAGGUUACAUACACUUCAGGUUACAGACUCCGCUAACCCAGAAAUAGUACCUCAGGUUAAGAACUUUGCUUCAGGAUGAGAACAGAAAUCGUGUGGCGGCGGUGCAGUGGCAGCAGCAGGAGGCCCCAUUAGCUAAAGUGGUGCUUCAGGUUAAGAACAGUUUCAGGUUAAGAACGGACCUCCGGAACGAAUUAAGUUCUUAACCCGAGGUACCACUGUAUUUCCUAGUGGCCAUAGAGUUGGGCACCUCAGCACAAUCUCGACCUCUCAAGUCCUUCUUGAAAGUUCAUGAUCUUUUCCGGUAUGUAACACCCUUUCCUGCUCUUCAGCUACACUCCCCGUAGCUUGUGGCCACAUUGUGGAGAGGGAAUGACUGAUGGCAAUCUUUCUUCCAGCUGGCGAAGAUUGGAUCAAGAGAGAAAAUGAGGAGGAACCUCCCGGGCAAGCGGAUGCUGAACAAUUGCAUGAGACGUUAUCGGAAGGGAGCGAGGACUUUCCAGACUCUGAGCAGCCUGAAGCCCAUAAGAGGGGCCUGGAAGCCCGCCGGGACGCGUUUGCGGGAGACCUUUGUUUUGACUACGAGAACAGCCCCCCGAGGAUGCGCGCCAACGACCGGCCGUUCAAAUGCGACGUGUGCGAGAAAAGCUUCCGCCACAGCUCCAGCCUGCUGACCCACCGGAGGCUCCACACGGGGGAGAAGCCGUACAAAUGCACCGACUGCGGGAAGAGCUUCAACACCAGCUCGGCGCUCAUCGUGCACCGCCGGACGCACACCGGGGAGAAGUCCUACGUCUGCUCGGACUGCGGCAGGUGCUUCAGCGAAGGCUCGGUGCUCAUCAAGCACUGGCGCAUCCACACAGGGGAGAAGCCCUACAAGUGCGCCAUCUGCGGCAGGGGCUUCCGGCAGAGCUCGCAGCUGCGCGCCCACGAGAGGACGCACACGGGCGAGAAGCCCUACGCGUGCCGGGACUGCGGCAAGUGCUUCAGCACCAGCUCCAACCUCUCGGCCCACCAGAGGACGCACACGGGCGAGAAGCCCUACAUCUGCGCCGAGUGCGACCGGCGCUUCGGCCACAAGUCCCACCUCAUCUCCCACCAGAAGACGCACACGGAGAAGCUGCACGCUUGCCCCGACUGCCCUGCCAGCUUCCGCAUGACCCACCAGCUGCUGGUCCACCGCAAGUCCCACCAGGAAGACCGGCGCUACAAGUGCCUCCUCUGCGGGAAGACCUUCAGCUACAGCUCGGCUCUGCUGGCGCACCAGCGCAUGCACACGGGAGACAGGCCCUUCAAGUGCCUUGAGUGCGGCAGGAGCUUCAUCCGCAACUCGGACUUGAACAAGCACCAGAGGAUCCACACGGGCGAGAAGCCCUACGAGUGCCCAGAGUGCGGGAAGAGGUUCAACCAGAGCUCACACCUGGUCAGCCACCGGAGGGUCCACUUCAAAAGCGCCGCCAAAAACCCGGGCGCGAAUGUCGGCGCUGCGGCCGAGCAGGAGGUCGAGCCUUCCUGAAGGCCGCAAGGAAGUGCUUCUGUAAGUUAUGGAGGCCGCCGUCUGGCUUUCUUCUGAAAGAGGUUUGCACGGAGGGACUCUCAAGCAACUCUGUGUGCUGGAAAAACCAAAGUUUCUGCACCGAGGCAGCUGGGAUCCUUCACCGAGGAAAGCAGAGUUCUGUGGCAUUGGGUACCUUAUGGCUGACGUGAUUAAGAGCGGUGGACUUGUAAUCUGGUGAACCGGGUUCGAUUCCCCGCUCCUCCACAUGCAGCUGCUGGGUGACCUUGGGCCAGUCACACUUCUCUGAAGUCUCUCAGCCCCACUCACCUCACAGAGUGUUUGUUGUGGGGAGAGGAAGGGAAAGGAGAAUGUGAGCCGCUUUGAGACUCCUUAGGGUAGGAAUAAAGCGGGAUAUCAAAUCCAAACUCUUCUAGUAUAACUUGUUCUAUUUUGCAGGUCAUAGAAAAGGGCAGGGAGAGAUGCAGGACGCAGAGGCUUAUGCCCUCUGGCCCUUGGAAAUCUUGCUCAGCCUUUCUGCCUUCUGGAAACGUGUGGGCAGUGUCUGUCUUUGCUGUCUUAAGGACUAGAAACUUGGGCAUGCGGGUUUUUAAAAAAAUGGAAUGUGGCUGAAAUCGGUGCUCUGGCCUGUCCUUGUGCGAGUGCAGAAUAUACUCUAGAGGUGGGGAAUCCUAUUUUUCUUUUAGCCCAAGGGUUAUGCUCCCUCCUGUGCAGUCUGUCAGGAACCCCAUGCUAGUGGUGGGUGGAGCCAGAGGAAAGAGUGGGCGGAGCCACAGGUGUGCCCUCUGGCAUUGGUGCAGUAGGCUACCUUGCAGGAAUGCAAAAGUCAGAGGUUUUUACAUACAUGCAGCCCAUGCCCAUCUCCUCCUCCAGCUAGGCAGACGAGAGGCAUUUUCACAGUUCAGGGACCCACUGAACCCUCGACACUCAAGGAGUACAUGGGGCAGGAUUGAUGUGGAGGUUCCCACUCAAUUCAAGAGAACUGCAGUAGAACAGUGGGACUGGAACUAAACUUAAAUUAGCCAUGCUUUAGUCCCAUUGAAGUCCAUGGGGCAGGUUAGCCGUGGCAUCACUUAGUUUGGAUGCCAACUCAGCCUUUGAAAUUUCUUGGUGGUGUGGGAGAAAAGGGAAGGUUGACCUUCAGACCCCAGGAGGUACACAGAAACCAAAAGAGCUGUUUUUACACUGCAAUGAGCUCCUUUCCUCUGUGGUUCCUCUGUUUGAUGUUGGCAGUGCUAGGCAGUUGCUUAUGAGACGGGACAUGCUCCAACCAGCAUCUAAUUGCCACCUUCUGUUGUCUUGUAUUUGAAGAGAGGAGUACAGUAAGUCUAACAAGGAAGAGGAACUGUACUUUUAAACAAAAGAAAUGAAUGGCUAUGUUUUGUUACUCGGUCAUGAAAUAAAACCAAUGGAUGACUAGAUGACCCCUGGGUCCUUUCCAACUCUGGUUCUAUGACUUGGAAAGUAGGAAACAAAUAAUCACUCACCCGCCCCAAGAGACCAUGGCCAUCGCUUAAUAAUUCCUGUAGAAUGUGUGUGUGUGUGUGUGUCUCUUUAUCUAUAUCUAUAUCUAUAUAUACAGCCAUGGGAUGUGGGUGGUACUGUGGGUUAAACCACAGAGCCUAGGGCUUGCCGAUCAGAAGGUCGGCAGUUGGAAUCCCCGCGACGGGGUGAGCUCCCGUUGCUCGGUCCCUGCUCCUGCCAACCUAGCAGUUCGAAAGCACGUCAAAAUGCAAGUAGAUAAAUAGGUACCGCUCCAGCGUGCAAGGUUUUUAAAAAAUCUUCUCUGGCACAGUUAAUAAAGUAAGCCAAACUUUUUGUUCUUGUACUACUCUGCUUAAUAAAUUUUUUAAAAUAGUUUAAAA